AUGGCCACUCCAACGGAACGAACGUUCGCCCAGAGAUCUACAUUACUACCCGUCUUUCCUCUGGAGCUGUGGGAUAUCAUCAUUGAAUACCUACAAGAUGAAGAAUCCGCCCAACAUCUGAGCCGACUUGCUCAAACAUGCCCCGCACUUUAUUCCAGAAUUGACCCUCAGCUCUACAAAUGCGUACGCCUGUUCAAUUCUGAAAGUGGUGCUCGUCUUGCUCUCACGAUAGAGAAGCGUCCAGAGUUAGCACCACUCAUUCGUCAGAUUCGACACAAGCAGGAUGCUGGGUCAGAAGUCUGGUCCUACCGUCAUCUCAAGUUCUACAAGAUGGCUGUGACUUUGCCGAAUCUAGAGAACUUGAGUUUGAGAAGGAAUCCCAGGCCCUUUGAUUCUACUCGGUGGGCCAGUACCCAUGCCAGAGAUGACGCGCUGUUACAAUGGGUGAAAAAGAUUGCCUCUGGAUCAGGAAGCGUGAAAGAGUAUCGAGAGUUGGGGUAUGGGCCUUCAGAAGAAUCGUCGUUCAGUCCUCCAGAUCACGAGAUUACUUACGAGCGAGCGGCUGAAACCUUGUUCUGGCACGCUUCUCUUCAAACCCCAUCGGGGCUGCCCGCUUUGCGUGUUUGUCACAUCGGAAGCGACUAUGAUCAUAAUGAGCACAAUCCUAAGAUGAACGGCAGAUGUUUACCGAUUUUCAAUGAAGCACUUUUCUGUCAUCCAGGUUUACGAAAGCUCUGUAUCACUGGCGCUACUUUCCGAUUGUCCCAAGCCGACCUUGCACCUCCAGCAUCAUCUACAUCGCCCCUAGAGGAACUGACUCUUCUGAACUGCGUUAUAAAUCCAUUUGACCUCCAAACAGCACUGGAAUACCUAACAGCCUUGAAGCGAUUUACUUUCAGAGGACCUAGAUCACAUGAAUUGAUAGACCCCGACGGAGAACCGUAUUGUUACAUUCAAUCGGCCCUCAUACACGACAGUUCCCUGGAAUACAUAGAUUACGAUCUUUACUGGGGAGGUGAUGAGGAGACAGACUUCGGUGAACUAGUCCACCUCAAGCAUCUCACAACAACCCUCGCCACACUUGCAGGGAGGGAAUGCAUAGAACUGGAUCCAUUAGAUGAUAUUCUACCGCCAAACCUCGAAAGUCUUACGAUAAGAUACGAUGAAGUGAAGGCCUGGCUCCCGUCGGUUAUUUACGAGAUGGUGAAGGACGGAAAACUUCCAAAGCUGCGUCGCUUUACCUGCGAGGUACCGGAAAUCAUAGAGCAUCUCCCAUCAAUCAAUGAAUCCAAAUUCAACCCCCCCGUCACCGAGAUAUGUCAGGAGGGCAACACCUGGAAAAGCAAGUUCGCGGAACUAAACGUGGAGAUGUCAAUGGUCUCCGUUCCUUAUCCUCUUGAUAUGCCCAAAUACGACGUGUGUUCUUGCGAAUGUCUGCCCUUCUACCAUCGCAUGUUCUACCAUCCGAGCAAACCACUGGCACUUCCGUGGGAGGAGAACGAAUAUGGAGAGGAAGAUGUAUUCUUUGACGACUGGGCCGAUAUUGAUCAUGAAAUGGACCUUGACGCUAUUAUGGAUGACCUUGCGGAGGAGUCUGGAUCUGACAUCUCGGCCUGA